AUGGCAUCUGCCGCAGCAGCAAAGGUUGAGAAGCCUUCCUUUGCGAAAAUCCUGGCGGCCGGAAUCAAGUCUUCCAAUGUCCAGUCAAAGAUUCUCACGGCCGAAAACGCAUCAAACCGUGCCAUCACGUCACCUGUUCGUGACAACUCUCCCCAAAACCAGCCCUCUCAACCCACAUUCACUUCGCCAUUGACAAUUUCACACGGCGCUUUACUGGUUGAUGGGAAAGAGACGAUACUGGGGGAUCUACCAACACCUGGUGUACUUGUCAACGAACCAACAGCUUCCACGCCUUCCAAUAUUCAGACGCCGGAGGUGAUGGUGCUGCCUGCUGCUUCGGAUGAAGCUGGUACGCAAAUUUCCUCCAAUGGCUCAGUCAAAGUACCAAGCCUUGAUGGCAAGAGUGUUGCUUCGGGUACCACCUUCGCCCUUGACGAGAAAGAGUCCUUGCGCCCCGAUGACAGUGCGAGCGUCAUGGCGCAGGACGAUGAGGAAGUCCUUGCCCUCCCCGGCGCCGCGUCGAGUAGUGCUCGCUCAAGCAAUCACGAUGAUUUGCAAGCUUUCUCCAAUCAGCUGCGGGAGAUCUCCGACAUGGACCCGGCGAGGCAGCCUGGUCUGCCGCAUGCCUUUGGUCACAACGGUCACUCCGGACACGGCAUGCUGUACAUUCCACCAGACGGUCCAGGUAUCGGCCAUGUUCCGGGAUCGCUACGUCCACCCCCAGGUGCAGAUGCCGGGGUAGAUGUCCCACCCGACCCAAAGCUGCUUGAAGCGCUCGACAGCCCCAAGGACCGCAUCAUGGUCCUCAAGCUCGAGCAGGACAUUGUGGAUUUCGUCAAGGAUGCCAAGGAGACAUCACUCACCCUACCGCAGACCAAUGCCUUUUACAGAAUGCUGGCGCACAAAUUGGCCGACUACUAUAUGCUUGGCCAUGCGGUUGACGACUCUACCACGGCUGUGCGCAUCUUCAAAACACUGACUUGUCGGCUCCCCCCACCACUUACUGGCAUCGCCACGCCGUCGACUGCUGCAAGUACACCGCCGCCCGCCGCUCACCAGAUGAAGAUAUUACGCCGCGGAAUGCUCGAUGGGGGACCGACCAUUGCAAACGGAUCUCACAUGACCUCCAAGACCACCUCGGAAAAUGGUGAAAGCGGAAACGAAGACGACAAGCGAAUCACCUUGCCGCAGUCGCGCGAAGAGCGGGAAGCUAGGUAUGAAGCUGCGAGGAAGCGUAUCAUGGGCUCUGAGCGCCCGUCGGACUCCCUUGAAGCGUCCAUCGAAAAGGCCAACUCCCGCUCAAGUUCAGCCACGGGAAAGAAGGGCGGACGGAAAAAGCAACGUGCGGAUGAUGAUGAUGACUUCGAAGCGAGGUCUGCGUAUAGUGCGUACUAUCCCGCAGCCAUGACUCCGAGCGCUUCGACUGGAGCUCCCUACACUGUCUCCAACGGCGUGCCUCCAUACAUGCACCAGCCCUCCCACUCAGCCUAUCCUUACCCGGCUGGACCCGGUGGCCAUCAACAGUACGGUGACCCUACCAACCACGCUUGGAGCACGGCGACCGUGUAUUCUCAGCCGACCAUGCCUAAUUGGACCCCGCCUCAGCCAUCUGGCUACGACUUGUCUCGAGAGUUCCAGCAGUCCAUGUCGUUCCAAAGCCCUCCUAUGCAGUCGCCCAACUCGAGCAUGCAGCAGCCAGGCUUCAACAUGCAGUACAGCCAGCAGCCGGGUUCAACGCAGCAGCAGCCAUGGCCGCAGCAGGGGAUGCACAUGCCCAACUAUGCACCCCAGACGAUGAUGGCCAGCCCACAGGGCUUUGCUUCCGGUGGUAGUCCGGCAUCCCACCAAGGCCACGAGCGCCAGCCAUAUGCCUACGGCCAGCUGCCGAGCCAAACGUUCCCCGGUCGUCCGCCCAGCAAACUCGAGCAUCCACUUCCCGGCAGCUACAAAGGCAAGCACUUCAACCCGCAGAGUCAAAGCUUCGUCCCCGGCCACGCCAAUGGCGGGAGUCCCAUGCAACAUCAGUCCCCCACGAGCCCAAUGCUCCCUGGUGUGUUUGGCGCGGGGCUUGGCCUUUCCCACAUGCCUCCGAGGCCGAAUGGGCCCCCGGUCGCGCCGGCAUACACAUCCCCGCUUCCCACCAGCCAUCAGAUGCGCACGCCAACGCACCCCAUGACACACCCCCUACCCCAGCCCGUGGUUCCGAAGCAGCCAUCGCCGAACCUGCCACUCCCCGUCAAACCAACCGCAACCCCGCCACGGCCACAAGACAGAUCCAACACUGGCUCAGCAGCGAUGGCAGGCAACGUUUCCACCACCCAAGGACCAAGCGGCAGCAUCGCCAAAUGGGGCAUGCCGGCCUCCCUACCCGCAAAACCCCCUCCCGCCAACGAGCCAGUAGACGCGGCGAGAUUCAUGCAGUCGCAGCCGCCUCCCGUGUCUGCUGUGCGCCCUCCUCCACACAACCCCCUCCCGAGUUUCGGCUCCAUGCCUCCUCCUCAGAUGCUGGGUGGGUAUGGAGCGCAAGGGCAGGGCAUGCAGUCUCGCAGGAUGUAG